GCAACAGAAAAUGCUAACCUUCCAAGCCCUGAAAGAGAGAAGGGACUGGGCUGCUGCCAGUUCCUUGCCCACUCCUGGAUGCUCACAGCGGGGAUCAGUAUGUGGGGGAUUAGGUGCUGAAAUCACAAGAAUCAUCUUCGUCGGCCAGAAUGCUGUCUGGAUUUUCAAAUUUGUUACAUCUGUGGCCAUGAAUUUGUCUUUCAGUCAACACUGAAUCAGAAAUGCUUGGAAAGAUGUCAUGGAGAUAAAAAGAUAAAACAAAGCAAAAAGGCAAAACAAAAAAACUGCAAUAAAAACCCCCCACAAACUCCUGCCACUGAAACAUCACAACCUGAUUGCUGCAAAUAUGCCUCAACUCGAUGCAGCUCCCGUACACUCUAGUAACUUCUAACCUGCGAAGCAAAGUCAACAAAAAUGAGCAUCACAUUGAAAAAAGGCAAUCUCAAAUAAAGUAGAGAGAACAUUCCUGGAACAUUGUAUUCUUCAUGGAAACAACUGUAAAGAAAAAGAGUUUGAGCAAGCAUAAUAAAACUCUGCCAAGUGCUGGAAAGGUCCCUGCUAAUAUCUCUACCAUUCUGCCUUCAAAACAGAUUGCAACAUCCAGUGUGUCAGAUCUUCCCACAGUUUUGCCAGAAAUAGUGAGUUUAGAUUCCAUAGUAAAAGCAAGCCCUGGGAAAAGGAGACCAGGCACUGUAAUAAUAUCAAAACGGUCAAACACUGCAAGCAUGUCUCAGAGUCAGUUGAAUCGGCCAGUCAUUCCAUCAAAGAGACCUGGCUUUAGGGUGUGCUAUAUCUGUGGCAGAGAAUUUGGGUCACAAUCUCUUGCCAUACAUGAACCCAAAUGCUUGGAGAAGUGGCAUAUUGAAAAUGACAAAUUACCAAAGCAUCUCAGAAGAACAGAACCUGCUAAACCUCAGUCCCUUACUGGUGGCACCUAUGAUAUUAAGGCUGCAAAUGAGGCAGCUUAUCAGAGUGCUCAAGCUCAGCUCUUACCCUGUGAAAACUGUGGCCGCACUUUUCUUCCUGAUCGUCUCCCUGUGCACCAAAGGAGUUGCAGACCAAAGGAUGGUGGCCUGGGCCCUUCAAGCUCUAACCCCCCUAAAUCUGUUAAAGGCCCUAGCUCUGGCCUUGUAUCUGCAGCACGUACUGAUCAAUCUAGUAAAGUUCAACAAACACGUGGGGCUGCACCAGCCAUACCAGAUAAGCCACCAGUGAUCAGGCGGCCACCCACUGUUGUUUGUUACAUAUGUGGCCGUGAGUUUGGAACUAAAUCUAUUGGCAUCCAUGAACCACAAUGUCUGAAAAAAUGGCAUAACGAGAAUGACAUGCUACCCAAACAUUUACGAAGACCUGAACCUAAAAAGCCAGAAGUCAGAUCCUUAGGAGCCAAAGGUUUCUAUGAUCUCGAUGCUCUAAAUGAGGCUGCCUGGAACAGUGCCCAGAGCCAGUUAGUUCCAUGUGAUAUUUGUGGGCGUACUUUCCUGCCAGACAGACUGAUUGUCCACCAGCGGUCCUGUAAACUGAAACCAGCAAAGUAAAGCACACCGCCCCCC